AUGGUAGGAUUGGUGGUGAUUGCAACAAAACUUGUACAAACUGGUGCUUCAAGGCGCGUAGUCGCUUUCCUUAAGACAAAGGUCUCGUGUGCCAUUGAUUUCUACACAUACAUAACUUUAGAACGCAACUACAACUUUUCUUACAUGGACAUCCAUAAGAAGCUUGUUUAUGGUACUGAGCUUUUUGGGCUGCAAUUUCAUGUGUUGCGCCUGCUUGUAGAGGACAAGAAAUCAAACACAGAGAAAUCAACUCAGUCACAGCUUCAGCUUAACCUAGAUCAAGUUCCUGCACCUGAACCUCUCACAGAAUACAAGAAGAUUUCAGCUUCAACACUUCUUGUAACGAAAACAUUAGUUGGGUUUCUAUGUCUUUCAGCGCUUGUGGAAGAUGAGCGGACGAUUCCAGGACAAAUUGGGGGAAGGAGGCUAUGGCUCUGUCUUCAAAGGAAAAUGUAUGAAAUUUCUCUCGGGGUUGCACGAGGGAUUGAAUAUCUGCAUCGAGGUUGUGACAUGCAAAUCCUACACUUUGAUAUUAAGCCUCACAACAUCCUACUCGAUGAAAAUUUCGUUCGAAAGAUAUCAGAUUUUGGCCUUGCUAAAUUAUACUCAACAGAUGAUAGCACUGCGGCAAGAGGAACAAUCGGAUACAUAGCCCCGGAGUUAAUCUACAAAAGAAUUGGAGGUCUUGUAUUGGCAAACCCUGGAAGUGAAUUAAUGAAGAAGUUCAACAAGUCAAGCUUGAUAGAGAAAUUGGGGAAGGAGUGGAUAUAUCUAACAGUAGGGGAAGCUGUGGCAGUAUGCAACUUUAUGCUUCACACUUGCAAAUCAAAGCCAGACAAAGAUGAUUCAUUAAAAGAGAACUAUAACUGCGCUAUUCCUGUCACUUAUACUGAUCCAAGAAACGCAUAUGAUCGAUGA